AUGCCUUCGCAAUUGCCAUCAAGUUUUGCUUCUGCAGCAGCAGCAGGUUCGGGCCCUGGUUCGAGUCGUGAUUCUCGAACGGGAAGGAGCGAGAGUGGUGGUGGUGGCGGUGGCCGUGGUACUGAAUGGGCACGAAGAGAUACUAGAUCUACCAAUGGUAGUGGCACAUUAACCUUCCGCCGUUCUUCCAAUGCUCCUCAUACAUUAUCCGCACAAGCAGAAAAUCUUCCAACACAUAGUACUGAAGCCUCCGAGGAUGGAUCGCAGCAACCAACUCAAUCAUAUGAGCCAUCUGCUCCUGCAGAUCUUCGUUACCCAAAAGCUCAUUUAUUGGAUUUAUACCAGAAGCAUCGGGAGGCUAAAGAUUCUGGCGCACGCAAUGGCGACGUUUCAAGACUUUAUGUUGAAGGGUGGAACCCUGGUCAAUCAAACGGUACAAAUGGUCGAGCAUGGAGUAAGGUUCCUGAUGGCAGAGAAACUCAUGGCCCAGAUGCGUGCUGGGAUAUGAGUGGUAAUCAGCGACCAGUUUCUUUGGAAGAAAUGUCUGAAGAGCAAAGAACCCUUUUCUCCACUGAUGUUAAUUCCCCCAUGAAACCACCGCCACAGAAUCAGAAUAAAGGUCCGAACGAACAAGGAUCAAAUACAAAUGGUCGCAAAACCUCGAUUUCUCAUGGUUCAGGUAACUCGACUUUCGCAAUAUCUUCGCCAGCAUCAAGUAGACCUGGUACACGCCGCCGCGAGACGAGCGAUUCAGUCCCAUUCUCAGUUGGAGUAGGAUCCCCUGCCGGAGCUAGUCGGUUUCCCAGAGACGAGUCUUCUCCCUUCUUCACUCGCAAACUCACGGACGUGAAGGAUGAUGCAGACGAUCGAGGGGACGAACUCAAAAGUUCCUUACCGUUCGGCCCCUUGAUGCGUUCGAAUACAGGCGGGGGAGCUAAUUUGGGAGGUGCACCAUUAUCUCCUUGGGGACCAGCGCCUGCAAGCGCUACGAUGACUCCAAUGGGAACCUUUGGUGCCUUCGCAAUGCCAGCUCCUGCAGCCCCAAGUGACAAACGACCGGGUUUUGGUAACAUUCGAGGAGAGAGUCGACUCGCACAUCUCAUGCCAAAGGACAAAUCGGAGGAUAGUGCUUCGCAACCUGCUGAACGCUCAUGGAGAACUAGACCUCGGACGGAUACCGAUCCGUUUGGUGAUGACGGAACUCCCAGCGGCAGCGCUGGUCUUGGAGGUGGUCAAGAUACAAGCCCGAUCUUGAAUCCACAGCGAAAGGCCCCGGGACUUGAUACGCCAGUCCGCGGACACUCUAGUGAUUUUGGGCUGAAUGAUAUGCCUGGUUUUAGGGAUGCGCAAUUGCGUUCUCAGAAUCACCACACGCCACAAGGACAACUUUACAGUGAGCCACUGAGCCCAGAUACUAAUCCUUAUCGUAGCCCACCCGAGGAACGUAGAGAAAGAACUGGACAUGACGGCAGUUCUUUCGACGAUGAUAAUUCCCAUGAUCGACCUCAACCAUUGGGAGGUAUUCCAGAGCAUGGACCAAAUGCUUUCAGUAAUCUUUCAAGAAAUUUCGGUAGUGGUGCUUUUGAUGGCAGCGAUAGGAGUCAAACUUCCAGUGUUGUAGGUGGUGUUUCUCGGGGACCCUUCACCACUCUAGGCGGGCUUCCAUCAUUGAGUAACAUUGGUAAUAUGGGCGGUUGGCCAACAAGUAAUAAUAUGGUGUCGACACCGGACCGAGAAAGUCGAUCGUUUUUACCCAGCGCAUUUGGAAAUUCCAUAUUUGGAUCAAUGGCUGAGGCGCCAUCCCCAGUUCAUAGCUCUAUGGGUGGAGGUAUGUUCGGCCAUGGAAACCCGAUGGGAUCUGUUGGUCGCGGAAGUAAGCUUGGAUCUUUAUUCCCAGCCGCUAUGCAGGCUCAGAUGCAGGGCGCAGAGAAUGACAAUUCCGGUGAAAAUGGAGACAUGAGACAAAACAGCGCAUUUGGGGCGAUUGGCCGUACCCCAUUGCACAACCAUGGUUCAUUCUUUGGAUCGGAAUCUCGUACUCAGGAGCCGUUCUCUGCCGCGGAGUCUCAGCCUAGUACAGCCGUUCCACAAGCUUCUUCGGCCCAAUCCAACUACCAGCAAUCUCAGAGUGGGUCGGAUUCUGCACCGGGUCAACUUCCUAACGCUCAACAACGCAUGAUGGUUAUGCCAGAUAGAAUGAGAUGGACUUAUCUUGAUUCACAAGGACAACCUCAAGGACCUUGGUCUGGAUUGGAAAUGCAUGAUUGGUACAAAGCCUCAUUCUUUACCCCGGAUCUCUCGGUCAAGAAACUCGAAGACACCGAGUUUGAACCGCUUGGUCAGCUUAUUCGUCGUAUUGGGAACUCCCGCGAACCGUUCCUUGUACCUCAGAUCGGGAUUCAGCAUGGACCUCCUAAUACCCAAGCCACACCUUUCGCUUCCACUACUACAGCUCCUGCUGCUCAACCUGGCUCUGUCCAACCUCCUUUUGCUGGAGCUUUCCCAAGCUUCGGUACUACCCUGACCGCCGAGCAGCAAAACAAUUUGGAACGACGCAAGCAAGAGGAACAAUAUCUCAUGGCUCGACAGAGGGAGUUCUUGGCGCAACAGCAGGUCAGUAUGAAGCAAAUGCAAAUGGGCGGUCUUCCUUCUACCUUGCACCAUCAUUCCAGUGCUCAUAGCUUGCAAAGUCAACCUAGCUUUGGCAGUAUGUCAUCGCCAAUUUCUAUGCCACCUCAACCCCCAAUGACCGGUGGAUUCUUUGAAACUGGCCCCCGACCAGGCCUGUCUCAGAUGAUGGGAGGGGUGCCUAAUGAAUAUCUUCACGAUGAUCUAGCUCGUCUUGGUCUUCAAGACCGUCAACAGCCGGGAGCAGUUGGCGCCCCAAGUUCUCAAGCCCAGCAAAUUAAUGCACUUUUCGGCCAACCUCAGCAGGUCGGCAGUCAACGUGAGGCCCCUAGAGCAGAGCAAGUUCAAAAUGAUCCGCAAGGAUUCAUUUCUCGUCUUCGACAUUUUGAACAGCUUAGAGCUGAGCAUGAUGCAGAGGAAGCAGCUCAAUCCCCUAAGAAUGAAGACACAAUUGCUCUUCCAGCUCAAGCUCAACAGGAGCCACAAGAUCAGCAAUCACAAUACCAAGAGAAAGAAACUGUGUUAGAGAAAAUCCCGGCACCACAAUCUCCUGAGGUGCUCUCCUUGACUCAACAAAUCAAGGAUCAACAGGCAGCUUCCACUGCCGUGGCACCCUCUAAGCAAUCUCCGAUUUCUGCUCCUCAACCUGAGUCUCCCUGGGCGAAGGUGAAUACUAGUCUUCCAAUGCCUUUCCCACCUCCCGCACAGUCGACAACCCCUCUUCCCGCCCCAACUGCGCAAAGAGGUCGCUCCGGCUUGCCAGAUUCGUUACAUGCGGAAGUUCAAUCGCGCUCUGAGACUCCAGAGGUAGUUAGUGCUGGACCAACUCUUGCACCAUGGGCUGUUCAACCUGUCGAGGCCCCUAAGGGUCCUUCUCUCAAGGAGAUCCAAGAAGCUGAGGGAAAGAAGGCCGCUAAAGUUGAGGAGGCUGCUGCCGCUGCACGACGUGCUCUCCACGAACAAGAAAUGAAGUUACUUGCCAGUCAGCCAGCUGCUCCAGCUCCUGGUCUACCAACCACCUCCACUUGGGGUGCUAUAGCAACACCAACUACUCCCUCCAAUGCUCCCUCUGUUUGGGCCAAACCUGCUGCUGCAAAGACUCCUGUCGCUACUAGUUUUUCCAAGAAGACGCUCGCAGAUAUUCAAAGAGAAGAGGAAUCGCGCAAGAAGAAGCUUGCAGCUACCACAGCUGUGUCUCAACCUUCUCCCGUUGCUGGUGGGAAACGCUAUGCCGAUCUUGCAAGUAAGCCAUCUGUAAUCACCCCAGCUAUGGGAGGAGGCUGGUCCACCGUUGGCGCCGCUGGAAAGGUCAAAAUUCCAACUGGACCAUCGGCUGUGAUUACACCAGCCCCAGUUCGGUCUGUCAGCAGUGCUUCUGUGGCUAGUCCCGCUGUUCGCACAGUGCGUCCAACACCAUCUGCUCGCAGUGUAACAAUGGCUAGCAGUCAAGCUGGUGGCAACACCGCCAUUGAAGAGUUUAAAAAAUGGACAAAGGCUACUUUGAGUGGCAAAGAGGGUCUCAAUUCUGAUAUUGAUGUUGAUGAGUUCAUGUCUAUGCUGUCUUCAUUCCCAGAUGAGGCAAGUAUCAUUGCCGAUGUCGUGUAUUCUAAUUCUCGUGUGAUGGAUGGUCGUCGCUUUGCCGAGGAAUACAUUCGUCGCCACAAGUUGGCUGAUAAGGGCAUUAUUGAGCCUGCCAAUACUGGAUCGAAUGAUAAAUCUGGUGGAGGUGGAUGGAGUGAAGUCGCCAAGAAGGGUCCACCAAAGGAGGAACCUACUGCUGGCUUCAAAGUUGUUCCCAACAAGAAGAAGGGAAAGAAAUGA